UUGUCUUAAAGUCUGGCACCUCAAACUGGACACUUUAAGAAAGUGAUAAGGCAUGUAAAAAUAGAAAAUAUAACACUGUAGAAAUGACAAAGUUACAAAGCAGUAGCUAAUAAGGCAAAUCUUUAAUCCACAUGAACAAAAAAAGGAUUGUCUCUGACUCUCACUGUCAGUCCCUUCUACACUAGCCAACUAUAUACUUUGAAAAGGGAAAGCUGGAAUAUCCAUAUCUUAUUGCUUAUUACUGAAAAAGGAGAAGUAACUCAGGACAUUGAGUGGGGGAAAAAAAAGGGGAAGUUCCUUACUCCAGCAUGUUCCUGUUGUAACAAGCAGACCCAGAGUGGUAGAGUUUGCUUUAAGGUUAAAGCUUCCUGGUGAGGACUCCGCAGAAUAAUUUCUUCAGUCUGACUGGUUGAAAAUGGAAAGAGCUAUAAAGAACUCUCCUCCUUUGAUAAUCAUUUUUUGCUGAAAAAGGAGGAGGAGCUCAGGACUCUGAUGUGAGUGAAGUGGGAAGUUCUUCCCUGCAGCUGCAGACACAGAGCAAUAGAGUUUGCUUUAAGCUCAGAGUUCCCCGUGAAAGCCUCUGAAGAAAUAAUUUCUUUGGUGCAAUUGGUUGAAAACCGACUGUAUUUGAAAGGUGUUUCCUGAGUUAACAGAAGUAUUUUACCCUAUUAGAAUCUUUCUGUUCUCCAGUCUCUAGAAAGCACCAGGAAGAAACCCAAUCAACUCAGGGACUCAGCAAUGGCAAGAGGAACCACUGGAGUCCAUGGCUAGACAAAGAAAACUGUCCCUUGUACCAACUGUUAACGAAAAGUAUCCAAUGAAAAUGAACUGAACAACACACGGAAGCAGUAUCCCAGCUAAAACAGGCCAUUGUCAAGGCUCUGGUGUUGAUCACUUCAAAUCCUAAGAUAUUCUAUCAUCUAAAGGUCUCAGCUUGUGUGAUCGGAAGAGAAGGAUUUCUGAGACGAUGGAGCCGCUGUCCAGCUCAAGGUCUCAGAGCUUCCACCACCCAGGACCACAACUGAGCUGUGACCUCAGAGAGAAGCUGCAGUAUUCACCGCAUCUAGAUCUUCCUGCGACCUAUUUGAUUGUUCCUUACGAUAAGGGGAAUGAAAGAGACCAGGAUAUGGUGGCCUCGCUCCAUAGGUUCAGCUUUAUGAUGCCAGUGACAUUUGAGGAGGUGGCAGUGUACUUCUCUGAAGAUGAAUGGGCUCUUUUGGAUGAAAAGCAGAGGGAACUCUACAGAGAUGUCAUGCAGGAGAAUUACAAGACUCUCAUCUCGUUAGGAUUUACGAUGGCUAAACCAGAUGUGCAGUCCCAGAUGGAGCGAGGGGAAGAGUUCUGGAUCCCAGAUAUCCAGGGCUCUGAGGAAAGGGAAAUCCCAAGAAGCACUACGACAGGUACCGGGACGGCAAGUGAAAACAGGGCGGAGAGUCCCCAGCAGGAAGGCGCUGUGGGAGUGAAGCGGCACAGGAUGUUCUCAGGAAGGCCGCAGGGCCCUGGUGGGGCAGAUACCAGCAAGAGUCAGGAUAGAGUGGGGCGGCAGAGAGGAGACUCUCCAGGCAGGAGUAAAUCUACUCACAGCAAAAGAGGUUUGAGGAAAUCCACAGACACCAACGCCCACCCGGUAACCCAUAUUGGGUUGACCGCAAAUACCAUCAAUGAACUGGGGGAAAAAGUCAGUAACAGCUCGCUCCUUUUUCAACAUUGUCAGGAAACUAGUGUAGAGAAGAGUGCUGUCAGGUGUAGUGAAUGUGGCAAAAGCUUCACUCGACAAGAAUACCUUCAGAUACAUCUGAAAAUUCACAGAGGGGAGAGACCCUAUAAAUGUAACAAAUGUAGGAAAAGCUUUAGACACAAGACAAGCCUUGUUCUUCACCGUUACACAGUCCACAAGUCGGAGAGACCCCAUAAAUGUCCAGACUGCAGCCAGCUCUUUAUCCUGAGAGAGAGAUUUAUUCAGCAUCAGAGAAUCCACAACGAAGAGGCAUCUAGAGGGUUCAACGAUGGGAUCGUGAGUGAGAACAGGGACAAGAAUCCCCAGAAGAAGGGGUCUGGGAGAGCAAAGCCAGACAUGAUGUUGUCGGGGAGACCCCAGUGCCCUGAGUGGGGAGAUGCCCGUGAGAGUAAGGGCAAGGUGAGAGAGCAGCAUGGAGACCCUCCAGAUUGGAGACAAAGUAAAUCCACUUGCAGCAAAACAGGCUUAAGGAAAUCCAAAGACGCCAGCACACAGUAUAGAGACUGCAUGGAGAAGAGACCAAAUACAGGCACUGAACUUAGGGAAAGUUUCAAUAACUGCUCUCUCCUUAUUAAGCAUCAUCAAACUGGUGCAGAAAAGAGUGCUUACAAGUGUAGUGAGUGUAGGAAAAGCUUCACUCAAGAAAAAUACCUUCAGAUACAUCUGAGAACUCACAAAGGAGAGAGACCUUAUAAAUGUAAAGAAUGUGGGAAAAGCUUCAGUCGGAGUUCAGUGCUCAAAGAUCACUCCAUGAGUCACAGAAUGGAACAACCUUAUAAAUGUACUCAGUGUGGGAAAAGAUUCAGAGAGAAGACAAUCCUUUUAUAUCAUCUUUACAUAGUCCACAGGGUGGAGAGACCCUAUAAGUGUCCAUACUGUGGCCAGCAAUUUGUCCUGAGAGAGAGACUUAUUCAGCAUCAGAGAAUCCACAAAGAAGAGGAACCUAGAGGGUUUAAUGAUGGGAUCAUGAGUGAAGAUGAAGCUAAGAAUCUCCAGCAGGAAGGGCCUCCCGGAGCAGAACCACAGAGGACAUUCUCAGGGAGACCCCGAGGUCCUGAGCAGGGAGAAGGCUGUGGAAGUCAGGGCAUGACACGAAGGAAGCAGAGACACCCUGCAGGCAAAAGAGGCAAUAUAUCUAAUCAAUGUGAAAGAGAUUCCAAGAAAUUGAAAAGCACCAUCACGCACCAGGAGACCCACACUGGAGCACAAACAAACACAAAUGGUGACAAUGAGAAAAGCUUCAGUAGCAACUCAGCCCUUUCUGUGCAUCAGAAAAUCCACCUGGAAGAGAAACGUUACAGCUGUGCUGAAUGUGGGAAAAGCUACCACCAGCAUGCUCACCUUCGAAGGCAUCAGAAAAACCAUACAGGAGAGAGACCCUAUGUAUGUGCUGACUGUGGAAAGAGCUUUGUGUACAGGUCAAUACUCAGCAGACAUGAAAGGACCCACAAAGAGGAGAAAAACUAUAGCUGCACUGACUGUGGGAAAAACUUCAGUGAGUACUCAUACCUUACUAUGCAUCAGAGAAUCCACAGGGAGGAAAGACCCUAUCAGUGUCCUGACUGCGACAAAAGCUUCAGACUGCGAGGACACUUUACCAGUCACUGUAGAACUCACACAGGGGACAAACCUUAUAAAUGCACUGAAUGCGGGCACGGCUUUGGGCGGAAAUCAACCCUGACUAAACACAUGAGGAUCCACACCGGGGAGCGGCCCUAUAAAUGCACGCAGUGUGAGAAAAGCUUUCGUCAGAAGUUCGCCCUUUCCCAGCAUCAGUUAAUACACCAGGGAGAGAGGCCUCACAAAUGUACUGAAUGUGGGAAAAUCUUUCUUCAGAAGUCCCACCUUACCACGCAUCAGUCAGUGCAUCGGGGAGAGAGACCUCACAUAUGUAGUGAAUGUGGGAAAAGCUUCAAUGACCGAUCAAAUCUUGUUAAACACUUGGCAAAACUCCACUUGAAAAAGAAACCCCAUAUAGCAAAUGCGGCAAAGAGUCCUGUGGCACCUUAUAGUCUAAUGGACGAAAGCUUAUGCUCCAAUACUUCUGUUAGUCUAUAAGGUGCCACAGGACUCUCUGCCGUUUUUACAGAUCCAGACUAACACGGCUACCCCUCUGAUACCAUACAGCAAAUGUAGCUUCAGAUUAAAUAGAUCUACAGUUGUAAUAGAAAAUAAUGGAGUGGUACUUUUUUGAUUCUGGUGAAACACUUCUCCUUUCAUACUUAUUCUAAAAUACAUGGUUUAAAGAGGAUGGGUUGGUAGUAUUGCCUUGUUUAUGAUUAUGGGAGUAAAAUGUAGGAGGGCGACAAAGCUGGUGAAGAGAGGAACUGAUCUUUCAACGGGUUUUGGGGAUGGUUAGUGGGAAUUUCAGGGGAGUGGAAUUGAAUUUUGCAAGUUGACCAGCGGCAUGCCAUCUAUGGAUUGCAUUCCCAUGUGAGCCCUGAAUAUGACUUCCUGACUGGCUGUGCCAGUGGGACGAUUCCAUCCGGCCCCUGAACACACUACAGAACAAAAUGGCAUCCUCCGCACAUUGUGAAGACACGGGUAUUUUAACAUGGCACUCUAUAAAUGGAUUAAAACUUGGCGAACUGAGAUGUGUCAAAAUGUAACUGUAAACAGGAAAUCCUUAUUGAGUGGGUGUGUUUCUAGUGGGGUCCUGCAGAGAUCGGUUCUUGAUCCUCUGCUUUGAAACAUUUUUAUCAAUGACACUUAAAUUGGAGGAGUGGUAAAUAAUGAAGAGGACAGGUCAUUGAUUCACAGUGAACUGGAUCACUUUGCAAACUGGGCAAAAGAAAACUAUAUGCAUUUUAAUAUGGCUAAAUGUAAAUAUAUACAUGUAUGAAUGAAGAACGUAGGCCAUACUUAAAUGAUGUGGGAUUUGAUCCUGGAAACGUGGGACUCUGAAAAAGAUUUGGGGUGUGGUGGAUAAUCAGCUGAAUAUGAACUCCUAGUACGAUACUGUCUCCAAAAGAGCUCAUGCAAUCCCGAAAUAAACAGGGGAAUCUCGAGUAGGAACAGAGAGGUUAUUUUACCUCUGUAUUUGGUACUGAGGCAACUCUGUUUUUUAAACAUCUCAGGGUUUAUCUACUCUGGAAGUUUUACUGGUAUAAUUUUGCCAGUAUGGUUAUAGUGGCAUAACUUCCUGUGAAUAAGUGUGUCAACAUGGGGCGUUACGAGUGCAUCUUCACCUGGAUCUUCCAUCCCCAGCAGUUCAGUCUAUUCCAUGGCUUUUGUAAGGGGUUAGGCACACUGUGAUUUUUCCUGUGUGGCAGGUACCCUUAAUUGUGCCAGUGUAACUGGUAAUGCAAGUCCUACUUCCUCCCUGAGCUGUGCAUACCAGAAUCCACUGACGGUGUCUGAAAAAAUACGCAUAAUCUUUGGUACAGGGACCUGCUGCUCAUCCUGCAUGGAAUUGCUGCCCAAAAUGUUUCACAAUUUACUCCUAAAAACACAGUUGGGCAGAGUGCUGGGUAUGAACUGGAAAACAGAAAAUGCUCCGUUUAACUUACAGCUGGUUAAGCCUGAGUGUGAUUUGUUAGCUUAUGAACUAAAGGCCCCUAAGGCUUUGCAGCUAUGCAAAAUGUAUAAAGGAUAUGUGUGAUAGAUUGCAAUGCUUGUUGGUGAAAGAAGUAAUGGAGAGGUACUGAGACUGAUGUUUUAACCAUUAAUUGCAACUCCUAAAUGUUUUGCUGUGUAAGGGACGUGCGAGUGGUAUGAACAAAACAAGGAAGUAACUAGGUUGUAAACAACUGGGGUAUAUGUGAUGGUAUAAACAAAUUGGAACAGACACAGAUGUUGACACUUAAAGAUAGGUCAGAAAAGAUUUUUACGGCUUGCCUUUGGACAAGAUUCCCAUGAUGCUUUGCAGUUAACAAGCUAUCUAGCAAGGAAUGGAAUUUUACAAUGCAGUAACUGAUGACAUACUUUAUAUAAGAUAUAUUUUUGCAAUGUACUAACCGCAACAUAUUUGCAAGAUAUGUAAUGAAUAAAAAUGUCCAAAAAAGGCCAUAAACAAUGAUUAACUACUUGGUGUUGAAACACUUGGAAAAUUACAAGGAAGAGGGAACUGAGGAAAGAGCCUUAAGGGCAGGUCUACACUAUGGGGCUAAGUCGACCUAAGUUACGCAACUCAAGCUAUGUGAAUAAUGUAGCUGGAGUCGACGUGCCUUCAGUUAAUUUAUUGUGGUGUCUACACCGUGCUGGGGUUAAUGGGAGAAACUCUCCCAUCGGCUUACCUUAUGCUUCUUGUACCGGUGGAGUACCAUAGUUGACGAGAAAGCAAUCAGUGGUCAAUUUAGUGGGUUUUCACUAGACCCACUAAAUCGAUCCCCGGAGGAUCGAUCGCACAUUGAUACCCCGUAGUGUAGACAACGCCUAAGAUAUGGAGAACUAUACACCAAAAGGCGGCAAUAAAUAAGGGUUGGAAUGUUGAACUAAGAAGAGUUUCAAAGUAGCAGCCGUGUUAGUCUGUAUCCGCAAAAAGAACAGGAGUACUUGUGGCACCUUAGAGACUAACAAAUUUAUUUGAGCAUAAGCUUUUGUGGACUACAGCCCACUUCAUCAGAUGCAGAGAAUGGAACAUAUAGUAAGAAUAUAUAUAUAUAUACACACACACACACACACAGAGAAAACUGUAUAUAUACACAUACAGAAAACAUGAAAAGGUGGAGUAAGAGGCUAAUUAAUUAAGAUGAGCUAUUAUCAGCAGGAGAAAAAACCUUUUGCAGUGAUAAUCAAGAUGGCCCAUUUAGACAGUUGACAAGAAGAGUUACCAGGGUAUAACUACCACUAGAAAUCAUAAGAAAGUAAGACCAUUGGCAGACAGGAUCCAGACUAUCUGAAGCUAUAGAGAAGGCCUUCCACAGUUGUAGGUAAUUGCAUGCCUCUCUGUAUGUGCUGUCUUGACUGUUUAAUAAAUUCAUUCAAAGCUGACUUGUUAACCAAAUCUAAAUUUAAGAGAAGGCUUUUCAUUAAGCAUAUAAUCACACUUAAAAUCCCUAUCCAUUAUUAGCUAUUCAUUUAUUAAUUAUUGAUAAAUUAUUCGUUUAUUAUCAACACAAGAAAUACGUAAACUACAGUCACUGGAAGACAGUUUUCUAUACUGGUAAUGUCUGACCUUUCUGUAUUAUGCUGUUUUAAUGUUAAUCAAUAAAGUGAUUGAGCUGAGUUCUCUGAGGUCUCAUUAGCUGAUGACAAACUUAACCAGCAACCGCCUCAAACCACUUACAAGAUCACAUUUCUAGCUGUAAUGGGAAUGGGGCCUCAAAGUGACUGGAUUUCAUGAGGAUGAAGGACAGUGUCCCAGAUGUGUGAGGCAUUAAGGGGAAGGGAUUACAGAUCAAUGAAGAGAUGCCUUUUUUAAAAUUUCUCAAUAGACUGAUUUAACAAAAGUAGCACUACUUUACACUAUUAACUCUGGGUGCUAUUAAUUAAACAUGAAUGUCCCAGUGAAAGUGGGUGUGCUUAUUAUGAAACAGUGAGUUUGUGUAUUUCUUUGGUGGUGCUGGGGACUGUUGUGACAUUGUAACUCACAACAAAAACACCCACAUGGCUCCUAGUACUAGGGAACACGUUGCUUUUUCUCUGGAAGGUUGUGGGAGUAAAUCCCUGGUUCCUGAAGAAUUUUUAAGGGGAUCCGUUUUUGUUCAGCUGCCUGCUCACUCCCUCUCACUGGGAAGAGUCUGGGAUCUGAGCCCCUCUUUUUACCUGUCUGCAAAAUCAACUCUUUCUUCUUUCUUCAACUGCCAUGACGUUGUUCAGUCCCAAUAGCCACAUCAGAGCAGACCAAUUGUUCAGCUAGUCCUGUGUCUGACAGCGGCCAGCACUACACGCUUGGUUGGAUCAUGCAGGAAACCCCGCAGUGGACAAUUAUGGCAAAAUCUGUCCCUAGCAAAAGUUUCUGCCUAAUCCUGUCAACCAGUUGUUGGUUUGUGCCCUGAAACAGAUUCCUCAUAUAUACAUUAAAUAUUAGUUCAGCUAGUGUAACUCUGGAGGUUCUCAUUAUCUAUGUUUCUAUCUGACCCUUUUUCAAAAUUCCAUGAGGUCCAAGUCUCAAUGCUAUCUAGUGGAAAUGAGUUCCAUAGGGUUAUCUAUCUAUAUAUGAGAUAAUCUAAUCUGAUCACCUGUAUAUCACAGGCUACUACAUUUCACCCAGCUACCCAAUAACUUACUUCAGAGUAGCAGCCGUGUUAGUCUGUAUCCGCAAAAAGAACAGGAGGACUUGUGGCACCUUAGAGACGAACAAAUUUAUUUGAGCAUAAGCUUUCGUGAGCUACAGCUCACUUCAUUGGAUGCAUGAUGGAUUCAUCCGAUGAAGUGAGGUGUAGCUCACGAAAGCUUAUGCUCAAAUAAAUUUGUUAGUCUCUAAGGUGCCACAAGUCCUCCUGUUCUUUUUGCCAAUAACUUAUGUUUGCCUAAAGAACACCUAGAAAGGCAUCCAGCCUUGAUCUGAAGACAUCAAGAGACAGAGAUCCACCACUUCCCUCGCAAGUUUGUUCCAGUGGUUAAUCACCCUCACCUUUAAAACUUGGGAAUUUAUUCCUAAUUCAAAUUUGUUUUGCUUCAUUUUGCAGUCCUUGGCAGUGGCUCUUCCUCUAUUACAUUAAACAGCCCUCUAGGGCCCAGCAUUUUCUCCCCGUAAAGGCAUUUAAAUUGAAAUCAAAUCACCGCACCUCUGAAUCUUCUUUUUGAGAAGCUGCACACAUUGAGCUCUAAGUCCCUCGCUGUGAGGUAUUUUGUCUAGCCCUGUGAUCAUUUUGUGGCUCCUCUCUGUACCCUCUCCAGUGUUUCAACAUAAUUUGUAAAAUGUGACUACAAGAACUGUACACAGUAUUAUCGUAUCAGUCUCACCAAUGUGGUACGCAGGAGUAAAAUCACUCUUGCCCUACUUAUUACUCCUCUGAUUAUACAUCCAAACAUCACAUUAGCCCUUUUCACCGCAGGAUCACACUGGGGGCUCAUGUUCAGAUGUCCGUCAACUGUGAUCCCUAAAUCCUUUUCAGAGCCACUGCUUUCUAGGAUACAGUCGCCCAUUCUGCAGCCAAGACCAGCAUUCUUAGGCAGACGACCUUGUGUUAGACCCGCAGUAGAGGUCUCCCUACGGGAUGGGAAGCAAGUAGAUAGCGGAUGCUGUGUUGGUAUAUAAUACUCUAAAUGCUCUUUACUGAUUACAAAACAAACCUUUCUCACUCCACAUUCACACCCCAAACAUACUAUGCCAGAGUCCAAAGGUCAGAAUGGUCCCAAUGGUCAGUUGAGGUUCCUUCCGUCAGGAUAAGAUCAUAAGAUGCAGGGAGCCAGCAAAAACCACAUCUAUAUCCACAUGGGGCUCUGGAUCAAUAAACAAUUCUGAUUUGUAAAAAUCAUAGGAAACCAUUUAUAGUGCAUUCCGUUGCGUCAUCCGUUCUUUGCCUUUGUUUACUAGUCCUUCUACCCACACAAUUCCAAAGACACAAUCCUGGGCAGGCCGCCAUGAUCCAAUGUGCCAUUUCCUCCAAUUCUUAUACAAUUUUAUAUCAGUCCAGCUGGUGUUGUUUCCUUUUCUGAUGAUUUUCUGUAUUUUUCUUGGAACAUAAGAUUGUUUUUGCCCAAAUAGUUCUAAUAGUCCUUGACCUUAAGUUCUUGCUUCAGUUGCCAACUUUCAAUGCACGUAUUCAUGUCAAGUACGCAUCAUUCAUAUCAGGCCUCAAUGACCUAUAACACAUUACAUGGUAUAUGAAUCACGAUGUUUGUGUGUGUAUGUGUAUGUGUAUAUAUAUAUAUAUAUAUCCCAACACUUGUAUUUGGCUGUAUUGUUUGUUUGGUUCUCCUUGAAUGGUUAUUACCUGGCAAUAAAUAACUUUUAUGGUUAA